CUUCUGGUUGUGGAGGACGACGACAGCAAAGAGGGAGGAGAUAAAAACAUCUUUUGCCAGCAUGGCGUUUACUCUGUACACACUCAUCCAGACUGCUAUUCUGUGCACCAAUGCUAUCGCCGUGUUACACGAAGAGAGGUUUCUCAGCAAAAUCGGUUGGGGUGUCGAUCAGGGAGUUGGAGGCUUUGGGGAUGAGCCAGGAGUCAAAGCUCAGAUACUGAACCUCAUUCGUUCAGUUCGGACCGUUAUGAGAGUGCCACUGAUAAUUGUGAACUCGGCGUGCAUCGUCCUGUUGUUACUAUUUGGUUGAGAACCAAGCACUUAUGUGUAACAAGUUUGCACAGGUUACCAGGAAUGGCUGCAAAAAUACAACCUCACACACUGAACAAUUUGCACAUUCUUCAAGGAUUUCUGCUGUCUUUCAACAGAAGAGUGGAAAAGAAAUGGGCUGCAAAAAAUCUCCAUCAAAGAAAAGAGGAUUCAAACCAUCACCUAGUCCAAAACAAUUGGAGAACGCUUCCUCACUUGCCGUAUGUUUUGUCAAAGCUAUAACUGGUGCUUAAAAAAAUCUUCCCACACCAAGGGAAUAAAAAUUACUGUUGCUAUCUAUUCAAAGUAAUGUUCUUUAGUUUUGAUUAACAGUUCAAGUCUUUCAUUCAGUUAUUUCACUGUUGUGUAAAAUGUCAGGAGUUUUAAUCAUCUAAGAUUUUUUUUUAACUAAACAAAAACGAAUGUGCUGUUUACACACCGAUCUUAACAACAUUUAAGUAUUUUAUCUGAUUUCAAUAGAAAGCUUUGAAGAAGACAGGUGGCUUGGACUUUCCUCAAUUAUACUCAUGUCAGCACACUCAUAAACCAGAAAUAUGAAAUGUGAAGAUGCUAUUUGGAAGUGAUGUUUGUUUCAGCUUCCUCAGAAAGUGCUCAGUAAGUUUAAGAGAUUCUAAUGUUUACCUUUUCAACUCCAAUAAUAUAUGUGGGACACUACAUGUUUGUACAUUUUCUAUGGCCCACUGUCUUAUUAUUUCUCCCGACUUGUUAUGAAAUGUAAUACUUCAAUCUAUGUUACAAAAAAUAUCUGUUUUUCAUGUUAGUUUUGUACCUAAAUUUAAAGGAUUUAUUGGGAGAUGGCCUGCUGGAAUUAGAAACAUAUGUUUAAGGGGGAUUGCUACAUUAAAGCCACUUUGAUAUGUGAUUAGUACAGGUUUAGCAGGGGGAAAGCUGUAAGCGAUCACAGAAUGAGUGGCAGCUUUCAGAGAUUUAGAUGUUUGUUUUUUUUGCAGUCUCUGUUCUGUUUAAUAAAAUGGUUUAAACUUAAAACAA